AUGGCAGCGGUAGAAUCGAUGAUUCACAGAGACAGCACUAAUGCUACCCAGAAGAUACCAGUCUCGGCCAAUGACGGACUAUCGACGCUGCCUACAUCUGAGACAUUGGCACCAAGGACUAUUUCCGAGUUGAUAGCACGACGGGCACAGCAAGCUCCACACCAGCCAAUUCUUGGGUAUCCUUCUCAUGGCGUUGAAUAUGUCGAGUACACUUUCGAGCAGCUGGAUCGGCUCGCCGACGCGGGAGCUAGCCACUAUGCAGCCAGGGUUCCCACAAGGUCUUCGUCAGAGGAUCCAGAAGUAGUUGUCGCCAUUCUUGGACACUCAACCCUGGAAUACCUGAUCACAAUUAUAGCUCUCAGCAGACUAGGUUUCACCGUUCUAUUUCUAUCUACACGAAUUUCAGAAGAAGCCUACAUUUCUCUUCUAGAAUCUACGAAUUCUUCACAUCUCAUUGUUCACUCGUCCUUUCAGAAGACAGUCGCUGGCAUCAAAAACAUACUUCCACAGCUUGAGGUUGUUUCUAUCCUGGAUCGAUCUGACUUCGACAAUGAAAACACUGCCCACUUCAACACCAAUCAAUAUCUGAACCCUGACGAAGAAUCUACAAAGACCUCAUGGAUCAUUCACUCCUCUGGCUCAACAGGUCUUCCAAAGCCUAUCUACCAAACACAUCAGGCAGCUCUACGCAAUUAUGAAUCCAAUAUGGGAAUGGAGGGGUUCAUUACUCUCCCUUUAUUUCACGCACAUGGUCUGAGCAGUGUGUUUCGUGGAAUAACUGCUUACAAGAAGAUCUACAUGUAUAAUGCCUCAUUACCUCUCACAAGCCCGAAUCUCCUCAGCAUCAUGCGCCAACACCGCUUCGAAAUCUUCUAUGGCGUGCCUUACGCUCUGAAGCUACUAAGCGAGAGCAAGGAGGGAAUUGAAGCACUCGCAUCCAUGAAGAUCGUCAUGUUUGGAGGGUCUGCUUGUCCUGAUGGUCUAGGAGAUCUCCUUGUCGAGAAUGGUGUCAAUCUUAUAAGCCACUAUGGGACGACUGAAACUGGUCAGCUGAUGACCUCAUUCCGCCCUCCAGGCGAUAAAGCAUGGAACUAUGUACGAGUUCAUCAGGCGCUCGAGCCGUACGUUCGAUUUGAAGAUCGCGGUGGCCAUCUCUUCGAGCUCGUGGUUCUGGAAGGUUGGCCGUCUAAAGUGGCUACAAAUCGCGAUGACGGUGCCUAUGCUACUAAGGACUUGUUCGAGCCACAUCCUUCCAUUCCGAAUGCAUGGAAAUAUGGCGGGCGACUCGAUGAUACCAUUGUUCUUGUCAACGGUGAGAAAGCAAUUCCACUUGCCAUGGAGGGCGCCGUUAGGCAACAGAAGCUGGUCAAGGAUGCUGUUGUGUUUGGCACCGGGCGACCUAGCCUUGGUAUGAUGAUCAUUCGCUCAGAUAUGGCGGCUUCAUAUUCUCAAGAAGAACUGAUAUCACAAGUGUGGCCGACAAUAGAAGUUGAGAACUCCAGGUCACCAUCCUAUGCCCAAUUGAGUCCUCAAUCUAUCCUGGUACUCCCUCCUGACACUAUUUAUCCCCAGACCGACAAAGGAACUUUAAUUCGUCAAGCAUUCUACAAAGCAUUCGCUACAGAUAUUGAGCAAUUCUACGCAAGGCUUGAGGCCAGAUCGACUGGUACACUUGAUCUCUCAGGUGAAGCCCUAUGUGACUAUCUAAGAAGCGAGGUCCUAAGGCUAAUUCCAGGACUUCGGGACGAUGAGCUCAACAAUGACACCGAUUUAUUCUCCUUGGGCGUUGACUCGUUGCAGUCAUCUAGGCUGAGGGGGACUAUUCUUGCAAGUGUCCAGCUCAAUAGCCAUUCGCUAUCUCAGAAUUUUGUUUUUGAGAAUCCAACAAUUUCGGGGCUUGCCGACGCUAUUGUAGCUGUCCGUUCAGGAGCUUCCACGGCUCUUCGCAAUGUUGAGCAGGAAAUGGAAGACCUCGUGAUCAAGUACGGCGAAUUUCCUCAACACAAACCUCAGAAGCGAAAGUCCAACAAUACCUGUGUAAUUGUGACCGGUGCAACGGGGUCUCUUGGUGCGCACAUCGUGGCCCAACUUGUGUCUAGAGACGAUUUCUCAGAGGUGUGUUGUCUAGUUCGUGCACGCACCGCAGAGGCAGCAAUAGAUAGAGUCUGGACUUCUCUCAACCACCGCGGAAUUCUGUCUUCGAUACCCUCACAUCUAAGAACCAAGAUAUCGGCCUACUCCUCGGACUUUUCGAAGAGCGAUCUAGGGCUCGAGACCGAGGUCUACGAUCGGCUAGCUCAAGACGUGGUCUCUAUCAUCCAUUGUGCAUGGUCUGUCAACUUUAACACCACAUUGGCCAGUUUCGAGAAGGGCUGCAUUGCUGGAGCAAAGAAUCUGAUACUUCUCUGUUUGAAUGCCAUUCAGCCGACUCCUGCGUCAUUCAACUUUUGCUCCUCCGUCAGCACAGUUGCACGUACACCUUUUCACGAGAGUGCGCCAGAGUCAAUCCCAGCAAACUAUGGCUAUGUCCAACGAAUGGGCUACGCGCAGUCCAAACUAGUAACCGAGAAGCUUGUUGUUCAAGCAACCUCUCGAACAUCGAUCUGUGCUAGAGUCCUCCGUAUCGGCCAGAUUGUCGCAGACACUGUGCAUGGGAUCUGGAACGACACAGAAGCAAUUCCACUUAUGCUCCAGACUGCCGUGACUCUUGGUACGUUGCCUAGCCUGAACGAAUCAUGUCGGUGGUUGCCAGUCGACAUUGUCGCAACAGCCAUUCUGGACGCUUCGUUCGCUUCAACACCACAGAUAGUAUUCAACAUCGUGAAUCCGUUAGCAUUUCACUGGACAGAAGAUUUACUUCCGAAGCUGAAGAUAGCAGGUCUUGUGUUCGAGCAAGUCGACCAGAGAGAGUGGCUACGCCGUUUGCGUGAAUCCGACCCCGAUCCUAGCGUGAAUCCAACCUAUAAACUGCUCGAGUUCUUCACCGCCAAGUACGACGAUGGCAACGCCGAGAAGAGAGGCUUGCGAUAUGAAACUACAGCCGCAGAAGGCGUCUCACCAGUCUUAGCAGCCCAUCCAGAACUCACUCAGGACCUAGUCACGAAAUUCGUCCAACAUUUUCUUUCCACGUCUUGGUCGAACUCGAGUAGCCCUCCCCAAGAGACAAUUCUUAGUUACUAG